AUGCGUAGCUAUAAGAAUACGGGUAUCCUUGAAGAGCUUGGGAAUGGUGCGAAACUAUCGAAGAAGAGCGACCUGAUCGUUAUUCCAUCAAACGUUGCAGACGCAAGAUGCCGCGAUUGCAAAGAAGGGAAGACGGCCCUUUGCACCGGCGUCAAUCUAGGCUUUUCUGGUGGUGUCUAUGGUAAGAUUGGGCCCUUCAAACCUUGGUGCAGUGUCGACAACUCACUGGAUAUGUCGCCAUGGGACCUUAUGGAGGAGGCCAAGUCCAGUAUCCGCAUCUCGUACGCCGAUUCCACAACAUUGAUCCUACCGCCGAGAAAAGAGCACGAAGCUGUUUUCAUUGUUCCUGCCGACAUUCCCCCUACAGGUAUGUUGUUCGAUGACUUAGAUGAUCAUGAUUCUGCGAGAAGAAAAGAAAGGGGGCUGGCCAAAGAAGGGGACAUAAAAGGCUGGCACUCAGUACAGGUUCGCACAGCGUCGACAUAUCUGGUUCCCAGUCUGGAGCCUGUCGCGAUUUUUGGUGCUGGUUCUAUUGGUCUCGUGGCAGCGUACUCAGCUGCAAUCCGCAACGCUAGUCGGGUCUACGUCAUUGACCGUGUUCCUGAGCACCUAGAUACAGCUGCCAGAAUUGACUGCACCCCUCUCGAUGCUAGUAAAGGGAGACGCUGUGGAGCAGAUUGA